AUGUCUGAUGAAUCUAAUAGCAAAACUUUGUUAGAAAAUGAAAUGUGGUUACAAGAAGCUAUUGAAAAUGAGCAUAUUAUAUAUCAAAGAUACUCUACUUUUGAAAAUACGGAAAGCAUUGGACACGGAGCGAUGGGGGAGGUGUAUAAGGCAACAUCAAGUUGGUUUCAAAAGACCAUAGCAUUAAAAAAAUUUAAAAUUUCUUCAAAGUUUACUAUAAAUGAAAUUAUAAAUGAGAUAAAGUUACAUAGAAGAGUGGACGACUUACAUGAUAAUAUUUUGAGAUUUCAUGGUGUUACCACGUUAGCCUGUUGGAAUAAUGAUAUUAACAUUCGACCAACAAUAAAUCAAGUUAUUAUAGAACUUAAUGAUAUAAAAAUAAAUGAGAUUAAUGAGUUUAACAUCGUUAAUGCAAGUCAAGAACAUAUAAUUUUAAAUCAGCCAUUAGUUAGUUAUAUUUCAACAAUUGACAAAAAUGAUAAUGCAAUUCCCGAAAAAUUACAAGAAAAUAAGCUUGACAAUAAGUUCAGAAUUAAAAAUAUUGCAAAUAUUAGAGAAGGAAUUCUAAAAGAUUUAACAGAAGAAUUUGUUAAUCAGUUAUACUUUAACCGAAAUUUAGAUAAACCAUUUGAAAUAUUUAAGCCAGAUUGGUUAAAAGAAUUUAUCAACAAGAAAAAUAUAGAUUCAAAAAAUUUACUUGAAAAGAUGCUCAAAUAUGAACAAAAUAAUUCUUAUUUCACUAGUUAUAUCGGUUAUUUUUAUCAAAAUGGGAUUGGCACUGAAAUGGAUAACCAUAAAUCAUUAGAAUUUUAUCAUCAAGUAGCAAGUAUGAAUUUUAAGUCUGAAAUGAAAAAUAAUUCCUUAGAAAUUAUUAAUCAAUCUAUUGGACAAUACCUAUUAGCAAUAUUUUAUAGAUUAGGAACCAUAGUAGCCGUAGAUUUAGAAAAAAUGUUUGAAUGGGGAAUUAAAUCAGCCCGGCUUGGAAAUUCCUUUGCACAAGUUAAUAUUGGCACUUGCUAUAAAAUUGGAUAUUGUACGGCAAAAGAUGACAAACAAGCAUUUGAAUGGUUUUUGAAAUCCGCAGAAAGUGAAAAUAUUGAUAGUCAAUAUAAGGUUGCAAUUUGCUUUAGGGAUGGCAAGGGUACUAAAAAAAGUAUUAACAAAGCUAUCGAAUGGCUUCAAAAAUCUUUGGAUAAUGGAAAUGAUGCAGCGCGCAAGCCUUUACGCAAUUUAAAAUGGAAAAAGAAAUUUAAUGUUUGCAAAAUUAAUUAA